AUGGGUGCGUCGUCGUCGGCUGUGACCGCCAGCCGUGGAACAACACCAUUGCCGGGAACAUUAGCGACCACUCCUUCGGCGGGUUCUCGUCCAUCAGGUGGCCUACGGUGUUUUUCUUGCGGGGAAAUUAGGCACCGGCAAUCGGGCGAUAGCGUGGUCUAUGACUCUCCGCCGAUUUUCAACGAGGACCCACAUGUGACCGAGGAGCAUUGGAACGCUGCCACUACCAGCCCCAACGCAGCCAGAGUCCGCCACUGGAUUCCUCCUGGCCAUCUCAGGCCCUGUCUAGAUAACUCGACAUAUUUGCCGUUCCUCCACUUUCGCCUCCGUUUGGCCUUCCCCGGCGAUGGCGGGGCUCCGGCCAACAGUCUUCCUCCACCGAUUGGUCCUCACUAUCGUCGUUUGCCUCUGAUUUUGCUCCAUUUGGCCGAAUCGGAGAAGUUAGUCACAAGCCGUCCUUCGCUUGUUCAAGCGGGGCUCAGGUUGUCGUUCUGGUCCGAUGGGUGCUGCUGGUGA